AACUGCGCUGCAGUUGCUUUAGUUGACAGAAUUCUCGACGCAGUCAGAGCAAACAAGAAGGCGGCUAAAAAUCGACAACUUUCCAGUUCGAGCGUUUCCAAAUUCUGGUUAUCCCGUUGAGCAAAUAUCCUAAAUUUCAAGCAAAAUGGCUGGACGCGAUGCGGCUUCAAAUCAGUUGAUUGACUACAAAAACUCCCAAACGGUUUCUCCAGGUGCCAUCACCACGGGCAAUGGAGCACCCAUUGGAAUCAAGGACGCCACCCAGACGGUGGGUCCCCGAGGUCCCAUUCUGCUGCAGGAUGUGAACUUCCUGGACGAGAUGUCGCACUUCGACAGGGAGCGGAUUCCAGAGCGUGUGGUGCACGCCAAGGGAGCUGGUGCCUUUGGAUACUUUGAGGUGACCCACGACAUCACCCAGUACUGUGCCGCCAAGGUCUUCGACAAGGUCAAGAAGCGCACUCCACUGGCCGUGCGAUUCUCCACCGUGGGUGGCGAGAGCGGAUCUGCGGACACCGCCCGUGAUCCCCGAGGAUUCGCCGUCAAGUUCUACACGGAGGAUGGCGUCUGGGAUUUGGUUGGCAACAACACGCCGAUCUUCUUCAUUCGCGACCCCAUCCUUUUCCCCAGCUUCAUUCACACGCAGAAGCGCAACCCGCAGACGCAUCUGAAGGAUCCGGACAUGUUCUGGGACUUCCUCACCCUGCGACCGGAGUCCGCCCACCAGGUGUGCUUCCUGUUCGGCGAUCGCGGCACCCCCGACGGUUAUUGCCACAUGAACGGCUACGGCUCCCACACCUUCAAGUUGAUCAAUGCCAAGGGCGAGCCCAUCUAUGCCAAGUUCCACUUGAAGACGGAUCAGGGCAUCAAGAAUCUGGACGUGAAGACCGCCGAUCAGUUGGCCAGCUCAGAUCCGGAUUACAGCAUUCGCGAUCUGUACAACAGGAUCAAGACUUGCAAGUUCCCCAGCUGGACGAUGUACAUCCAGGUCAUGACCUUCGAGCAGGCCAAGAAGUUCAAGUACAAUCCCUUCGAUAUAACCAAGGUCUGGUCGCACAAGGAGUAUCCUCUGAUUCCUGUGGGCAAAAUGGUGCUGGAUCGCAAUCCGAAGAACUACUUUGCUGAGGUGGAGCAGAUCGCCUUCAGUCCCGCUCACUUGGUGCCCGGCAUUGAGCCCUCUCCGGACAAGAUGCUCCAGGGUCGUCUGUUCUCCUACUCGGACACCCAUCGCCACCGCCUGGGACCGAACUACUUGCAGAUCCCGGUGAACUGCCCGUACAAGGUGAAAAUUGAGAACUUCCAGCGGGAUGGACCUAUGAAUGUGACGGACAACCAGGAUGGUGCCCCCAACUACUUCCCCAACUCCUUCAACGGUCCCCAGGAGUGUCCCAGGGCCAGGGCCCUGUCCUCCUGCUGUCCGGUGACUGGCGAUGUCUACCGCUACAGCAGCGGCGACACCGAGGACAACUUUGGCCAGGUCACCGAUUUCUGGGUGCAUGUGCUGGACAAGUGCGCCAAGAAGCGACUGGUGCAGAACAUCGCCGGCCACUUGAGCGGCGCCAGCCAGUUCCUGCAGGAGAGAGCCGUCAAGAACUUCACCCAGGUGCACGCCGAUUUCGGACGCAUGCUGACCGAGGAGCUUAACCUGGCCAAGUCCUCGAAGUUCUAAGCGGAGGAGGGCAAUGCGCCGUAUCAGACUUGGUUUUUGGCCUUAAUUACGAUUAAUCCACUGGAACUAAUUAUUCCAACACCACCACCACUGACCACCACCACCACCCAUUCCGAAUUUGACUAACAGAAGCAAACGCUUUUCGGAUCUUUGGUUGCGGGCUUAAAUUGAUUUAACCACGAAAUGUGUCUUGUCUUGUUUUGAUAUUCAAAAUUGUUUUAGUCAUAAACGAAUUACUCUUACAUAUGUAUAUGCAAUGGAUAUAUAAUAAAUUCUUUAUAUUUUGAUACAACUGUUUGGAA